AUGGAGCAAUUCUUCCUAACACUCCCCUUCCUCUUUGCCUCUUUUCUUACUCUCUCUUUGUUCUUCUUCUUCUACCUCCACAGCUCCAAAUACUCUCUCCCAAAUCUUCCUCCAGGAAAGAUUGGUCUUCCAUUCAUCGGCGAAACCCUCCACUUCUUCUCCACAGGAAGGAAAGGCCACCCUGAAAAAUUCAUAUUCGAUCGCAUCACAAAAUACUCUUCGCAUGUAUUCAAAACCAACCUUUUAGGUGAACCCAUCGCCGUCUUUUGUGGCGCUGCAUCACACAAAUUCUUGUUCUCUAACGAAAAUAAGAAUGUCAUAUCAUGGUGGCCAGACUCCGUUUACAAAAUCUUCCCAUCUUCUUUUCAAACCUCUUCCAAAGAUGAAGCUAAAAAAAUGCGCUUUAAAAUCCUUCCACAAUUUUUAAAACCCGAAGCCUUACAGAGAUAUAUUAGUAUCAUGGAUCAUAUGGCUCAAAGACACUUCACCGAUGAUUGGGAAAACAAAAUUGAAAUAUUAGUCUUCUCUCUUACAAAAAAAUACACUUUCUUGUUAGCUUGUCGUCUGUUUUUGAGUAUAGAUGACCCUUACCAUGUUGCGAGAUUACUGGGGCCUUUUCAUUGUGUGGCUUCUGGAAUCAUUUCUAUGCCUAUUGAUUUGCCUGGAACCAAGUUCAACCGCGCCAUAAAGGCGGCGAAUUUUAUAAGGACAGAGGUGAUAAAGAUCAUAAGACAAAGAAAAUUUGAUCUUGUAGAGGGAAAGGCAUCACCAACGCAAGAUAUAUUGUCACAAAUGCUGUUGACAAGUGAUGAGAAUGGAGAGUUCAUGAAUGAAAUGGAUAUUGCUGAUAAGAUUAUAGGAUUAUUAGUUGGUGGACAUGAUACUGCUAGUGCUACUUGUACUUUCAUUGUCAAGUUUCUCGCCGAGCUCCCUCAUGUUUAUCACAAAGUUUUCGAGGAACAAAUGGAGAUUACCAAGUCAAAAUGUGAAGGUGAAUUGCUGAACUGGGAUGACAUCCAAAAGAUGAAAUAUUCAUGGAAUGUGGCCUGUGAAGUGAUGAGACUAGCGCCACCAAUCCAAGGUGCAUUCAGGGAAGCUAUAAGUGACUUUAUUUUCAAUGGCUUCUCCAUUCCCAAAGGCUGGAAAAUAUAUUGGAGUGCUAACUCAACGCAUAGAAAUCCAGAAAACUUCAUCCAACCGGAGAAAUUUGAGCCGAGUAGAUUCGAAGGAGAAGGACCCGCUCCUUUCACAUUUGUUCCCUUUGGUGGAGGUCCUAGGAUGUGCCCUGGAAGAGAAUAUGCUCGUUUGGAGAUACUUGUUUUCAUUCACAAUUUGGUGAAAAGAUUCAAGUGGGAGAAAGUUGUUCCCCAUGAAAAAAUAAUAAUUGAUUUUCCAAUGCCGGUACCAGAAAAGGGGCUUCCAGUUCGGCUUUGUCCUCACAAAGCAUGGAUAUAA